UGCUGUAUUUUUUCAGGAACCCCGUUGGCAAAUACGUAUUUUAUAUGUAACGAAUGCCGUAAGUGCCUGUCAAAACUUCAAAAUCUGCCAACUAGUGUGUUGGUGAUCUCGAGGGAUCAAUCGCCGCCAGGUCUCAGUGCCAUAUGGUUUCAGACCAGCAACGCAGCUGUGCAAGGCAUGUGCACACUGACCGAUGCGGUAUCGGCGAUCGAUUCCGGCGACGGUUCUACGGAUGCGCUUCGAAGUUUCUCGAAGACGUCCGUGUUGUUUGUAUCGAUCUCAUUUAUCAUUUUGAUGGUCAUAUCACUAGCUUGGCUUGUUUUCUACUAUGUACAACGAUUUCGUUAUGCUCACGCCAAGGAUCGACUGCAACGGAGGCUAUUCAACGCAGCACGAAAAGCUCUGAUGCGAAUUCCGACGCGAUGUUUGAAGGUUGGCGAUCCAGAGCUUGACAUCGACUGCGCCGUCUGCAUCGAUCCCUAUCAAACGGGUGACGUCGUGCGGACACUCCCGUGC